AUGCGUUGUUUGAGAUGGUUUCGUAUUUCUAUUCCUAAAACCAGACGUAUUUUCUACAUAUGUUCAUCGUUUAUUGGACUAUAUUUGCUACUUAUUCUUGUACUAAAAGUAAAAGAUUUUACUGCAUUAAAAUCGCCGAUAAGUGGAUUGAGUUUGUUAAAGCAUAAUAGCAGGCUAACCUCUGCAAAGCCAACCGAAAGCGUACCAAAUAUCAUUUUGCAGAAACACACUGGAGGUUUUGAAAGUGAACCGCCAAGAGACUGGAGCAUUAAUGGCGCUUUAAAUGUCCACACAUGGGCAUUUGCAUGUGAACUCAGUUUGCAAAAAUUCCUACAGAACCCUCUAUUUCCAAUUUCCCCAAAUGCACAAAUGUUUGUGGGUAAUUUGGAAAUGAAAUGGAUAGAAGAGAGUAGCAAGAAUGUGAAGACAUUUGGGCGAAGAAUAUUUGGUUUUAUAUUUGCACCUUUUACUGGGAAGUAUAAAUUUUCAAUGUCAGUAAGCAGCAAUUCAGAAUUAUGGCUAAGUAGAGACCUAAAUUGGAAAAAUGUUCAACUUUUAUGCAAAAGAAAUUCAUCUGAGUUUUACUCAUCUGAAAUUCACUUAAAGGAGCACCAUUUUUAUUUCAUGGAAAUCUUACUGACCCAAACUCCUCAAAAUUCUUUUCAUUUGAUGUGGAAAAUGCCACAUUCUGAAAACUUUGAAGAAAUAUCCAAGAAAUAUUUAUACUCCUUUAUGGAAAAAUCUCUUGAAUUUAAGGAAUUUAUCAAAGAUGUCCCUUUGACUACAGUUACUCAAAGUUACAUAAAUAGUCAUCCAAAGCACUCGAUUUCAUCCAGCACUGAAAAAUUUCUUUCUGGUGUUAAAUAUGUUGAGUGGAGUGAUGUGAAAUUUGCUUUACCUCUUUGCCGCUAUCAGCCAGGUUAUGUAGGGAAAAGAGUAUUACAUCAGUAUCAUGCAGUGGAAGAUUUUGUUAAUCCAUCCUAUGUGUAUCCUGAAGUAAAACAUGGCAAAGUAAAUGAUGGAAAAUGGAAUCCAUGGUUUCCACUUAGUGAAGAAGAAGCAUUGGAUAUUGUAGAAAAAUAUUUGAAACAUCUUGGAGAUGCAUAUCCUGGGUGAGUUUUAAAUAUCAACUUAUUUUACCUUAUGGGUAAAAUCAUUUGGCUUUAAGCUGAGUAAAGUAAGUUAUGCCAUAUUCAUUUCCCUUAUCUCAUCUGGAGCAAUUUAAAUUUAUUAUAUUUUUAUUUUAUUUUUAGAAAAUAUAAGUUGAAACAAAUUCUCAAUGUGGAAAAGAAGCCUGACUGGAAUAAGUGGAACCAGGUGUUUUACAAAGGAACAUCAAAAAACGGAGAUAGGUUUUUCCUGGAAUUAUUAUUGUGCGAUAACACAAACAAUGAAGAUGUUAUCCUGUCAGAGUAUGUGUACCAAUAUGAGAAGACUACAAAACUAUGUUACCCUGAGGGCAUGCAAUGGAAUAAAACUGCUCCAGUAUGUUUAUUGAUUUCUGCUCGUAAGCAGGCAGCAUGGGUGUGGCAUUUUAUAAAGAAUGUGGAACGAGUUUACCAGAGCACAGCAGAUGAAAACCUACAUGUGAUUGUGUAUGACUACAAUAGCACAGAUAUCGAUAUUGAAGCAGAAUUUCAACGGAGUUCUUUUAAGAACUAUAAGGUUUUAAAGAACCCUGAUAGCAAGUAUUCAAGGACAUAUUCAUUAAACAGAGCAGCAGAAGCUGUGACAGACCCAAAUACAAUUGUUUUUACAUUAGAUUUGCAUCUUGAAAUUCCACCCUUAUUUCCUCACAAUGUCCGUAAGGUGAGUUAUCAGUGUAUGAGUUAGUUAUCAUAUGCAUGCAGCUAAUUCAAAAAAGGUUGUCCUUUGCAAACCUUAAACUCUAAACCUUCAACCUUAAACUCUAAGCGCACAAAGCUUAAUUGGAGCAAAAGUUUCAAGCUUAGUAGUUGAAUAUUGCAACUAUUUGUGAAUGAAUUGUUCUCGUAAGGAGAUAUUAACCAUGUCUCUAAGAAAUGGGCACCAUAUAUGUUUUCUAAACUGAUUAAAUGAGUUUAAGGUUUAUUGGCUACUCUAUUUAUUGGCCACCAAAUACAAGACUACUGUAGCUAAUGAAAAGAAUUAACAUUGUUUUUUCAUUCUGAUAGCUGCAGGUUGACCAUCAUCUGCUGCACAACAGUGCUUUGACAAACCUAUCUUGAGAAUCUUGUUUCAUAUUAGAUUGUUUUAUAUACUUACCAUAUCUCAUUUUUAGCAUUGUAUAAAAGGUAAAAUGGUCUACACACCCAUCAUUACAAGACUGGCAUGUGGUGCCUCGGCAAGAUACCUGACCGGAUCAUGGGAUCCCUGGGGAUAUGGAAUGUUUGGCGCAUAUAAGGCAGAUUGGGAUCAUUUCAAGGGAUUUGACGAAGUGAAGUUUAAAACAAAGUGGGGUGGGGAGGACUGGGAUCUAGUGAAUCGAGCAUAUGCAGUUGGAUUGGAAUUUGAGAGAAUAAAACAUGCUGAUUUUCAUCAUUAUGAUCACUCUAGAGUUGGAAUGUGGACAUAA